CCAGUUCGGCGGCACGUGCUGGCGGACUCAAGAGCUCUGGGUGAGGCAAGUGGGCAGUACAGCCCCAUGCCGAAGACCCAGACCUGGUCCUGAGGACUGGCGUAACAGCCCAGCCCCGUGGGCGACCUCGCAUCGUCUCCCCUGCUCUCUGAGCACCUCACGUGUGACAGGCCCAGACAGCGAGGCGGCCCUCGCGGGGUCCCCAGUCUUUACGGCGAACAGCCCAGACAAUGAGCGACAAGCUGGACUGCGAAGGCCCGGAGCCCGUGGAGGGCUGCAGCCUGGACAGCAGAGGUGCCCGGGGCAGCCCUGCGGCCCCAGCACCCCGGGAGGAGGAGGAGGAAGCUGGCGCGGCUGCAGGGCCAGGGCCGCAGCUUGGGCUCUAUAGCUACAUCAGAGACGACGUGUUUACUUCGGAGAUUUUCAAGCUGGAGCUGCAGAAUGUUCCUCGCCACGCCAGUUUCAGUGACGUGCGACGCUUUUUGGGCCGCUUCGGCCUGCAGCCCCACAAGACCAAACUUUUCGGACAACCACCCUGCGCCUUCGUGACGUUCCGCAGCGCUGCUGAGCGGGACAAGGCCCUGCGUGUGUUGCACGGUGCCCUCUGGAAAGGCCGCCCACUCAGCGUGCGCCUGGCCCGGCCCAAGGCUGACCCCCUGGCCAAGAGGAGGCGACAAGAGGGUGAGGGUGAGCCUCCUGUGACACAUGUUGCCGACGUCGUAACUCCUCUUUGGACAGUGCCCUAUGCUGAGCAGCUGGAGCGGAAGCGGCUGGAAUGUGAGCAGGUGCUGCAGAAACUGGCGAAGGAAAUCGGGAACACCAACUGUGCCAUGCUGCCUUGGCUGCUCUCACAGAGGCACAAGCACAACAAGGCCUGUUGCCCGCUGGAGGGGGUCCACCCAUCACCCCAGCAGACUGAGUAUCGUAAUAAGUGUGAGUUUCUGGUUGGCGUUGGGGUGGACGGAGAGGACAACACAGUUGGCUGCCGGCUUGGCAAGUAUAAGGGUGGGUCAUGUGCCGUGGCUGCCCCCUUUGACACCGUGCACAUCCCUGAAGCCACCAAGCAAGUGGUGAAGGCAUUCCAGGAGUUCAUUCGGUCCACGCCAUACUCGGCGUAUGACCCAGAGACAUACACAGGCCACUGGAGGCAGCUGACUGUGCGUACCAGUCGUCGUGGCCAGGCCAUGGCCAUUGCCCACUUCCACCCCCAGAAACUAAGCCCUGGGGAGCUGGCAGAGCUGAAGGCUUCCCUAGCACAGCACUUUGUGGCAGGGCCAGGCAAGGCCAGUGGGGUGACCUGCCUCUACUUCGUUGAAGAGGGACAGCGAAAGACUCCCAGCCAGGAGGGCCUGCCCCUGGAGCAUGUCGCUGGGGACCGGUGCAUCCAUGAGGACCUGCUUGGGCUGACCUUCCGGAUCUCUCCUCACGCCUUCUUUCAGGUGAACACACUUGCGGCUGAAGUCCUCUAUACAGUCAUCCAGGAGUGGGCCCAGCUGGAUGGGGGCAGCACGGUGCUGGAUGUGUGCUGUGGUACCGGCACUAUUGGCCUGGCCCUGGCCAGGAAAGUAAAGAGAGUCAUUGGGGUUGAGCUGUGCCCAGAGGCCGUGGAGGAUGCCUGGGUGAAUGCCCACACCAAUGAGCUGAGCAACGUUGAGUUCCACUGUGGGAGGGCUGAGGACCUGAUGCCUGCCCUGAUUAGCAGACUGGCCUCCCAGCAGCUCGUGGCUAUCCUGGACCCUCCCCGUGCUGGCCUACAUUCCAAGGUGAUCCUGGCCCUCCGCAGAGCUGAGAACCUCAAGCGGAUCCUUUAUGUCUCCUGCAACCCCCGGGCAGCCAUGGGCAACUUUGUGGACCUCUGCAGGGCCCCAUCUAAUCGUGUAAAGGGCACCCCAUUCCAGCCUGUCAAAGCUGUGGCCGUGGACCUGUUCCCACAGACCCCACACUGUGAGAUGCUCAUCCUAUUCCAGAGGGUGGAGCUCACCAAUGGCACAGGGAUCCUGGGGCUCCAGGACCCUCCAAGCCAGCCCCUACCAGGGCCCACAGAUGGUACCCCACAGGAAAUUGGGGCCUCUUCCUCAUCCUAGGCCCUGAGACCAGCAACAGGCAGUUCUUUCAGAGCAGGGCCCUAUAAUGGGGCCAGAAGGCAAAGGGACUCCCACAGCCCUGCCCAGGGACCCCAGGGUGCUCAGAGGCAAGCAGCUGGCUCCCACCAGGACCGGCCUGUUGCCAUGGGCUUAGGGCUCUUCACUCUGACUGGGAAGACAGGUGGGCUCCUGUGGCCUGUUCCCCACCUGUGCCCUUACCAGAACAGCUAAGUCCUGAGGGCUGGAAUAAACAGUGCUAAACUAA